AUGGCAGAACUCUUCUUCUCCAUAGCCAUCAUCUCUUUCAUCCUUCUCCUUCCUCUUCUCCUCCACCUUCUUCUCAAGAACCCUAACCCUAACCCUAAUCCACCAAGCCCUCCUGGUCUUCCUCUCAUUGGCCACCUUCAUCUUCUCAAGCCUCCCCACCACCGAGCACUAGCCCAUCUCUCCGACCUCCAUGGCCCGAUACUUCUCCUCCGCUUCGGCUCUCGCCGUGUUCUUCUCGUCUCCUCCUACUCCGAUGCGAACGAGUGCUUCACUGUCAACGACAUUACCUUUGCCAACCGUCCCCGCCUACUCGCCGGAAAAUACCUCGGCUACAACUACCGCACUCUCUCCUGGGCCCCUUAUGGCCCUCACUGGCGCAACCUCCGCCGCAUUGCCACCAUGCAAGUCCUCUCCACCCACCGGCUCCUCUCUUCCUCCCACCUCCGCUCCGACGAGGUCCUCUCCCUCGUCAAAGUCCUCCUCCGUGACUACUCCGGCCCUGGCUUCCACCUCGCCGAACUGAGGACCAAGUUCUUUGCCCUCUCUUACAACAUCGUCAUGCGGAUGAUAGCUAACAAGAGGUACUACGGCGACGCUGAUGAAAGCUCGUCGGAGGCCGGGAAGGAGUUCAGGGACCUCGCCAAAGAGACAUUCAGCGGCUCUGCGAUGUCCAAUGCCGCAGACCUGUUUCCGGUGGUGCGGUGGCUUGGUAUUGGAGGGCAAGAGAGGAGAUUGAAGAGAUUGAGGAAGAGAAGGGAUACGUUCUUUCAGCAGCUCGUCAACGAGCACAGGAACAUGAGAAAGUGCGGAUCACGAGGUGGGGAGGGAUCUCCGGCAGAGAAAUCUACGGUGAUCGACGUCCUGCUCUCGUUGCAAGAAAGUGACCCGGAUUACUAUGACGAUGACAUGAUCAAGGGAUUUAUUACGCAAAUGUUGAUUGCCGGAACAGACACAACGUCGUUAACAAUAGAAUGGAUGAUGUCUCUUCUCCUCAAUAAUCCUCACAUCCUAAAAAAAGUAAGGGAGGAGCUUGACGCAAACAUAAAGCCAGGUUCAUUAUUGGAAGAAGCUUAUUUCUCUAAGCUUCCAUACCUGUAUGCAGUGAUAAACGAGACACUGAGAAUGUAUCCAGCCGGGCCAGUGCUAUUACCACAUGAAUCAUCUCAAGAUUGCAUCAUUAAUGGCUUUUAUGUACCGAGUGGCACAAUUCUAUUAGUGAAUGUGUGGAAGGUGCACAGAGAUCCAGAAUUUUGGGAGGAGCCAAACAAAUUUAAACCUGAGAGGUUUUUUAAAAGUAGUACUGACGGGACUUGUAAGGUGAUAAAUGAAGGGUUUAAGAUGAUGCCGUUUGGAUUAGGGAGAAGAAGAUGCCCUGGUGAAGUGCUUGCCAUGAGGGUGGUGGCCUUGGUGGUGGGAACUCUAGUGCACUGCUUUGAAUGGGAGAAAGUUGGAGAUGAAGAGGUGGAUAUGAGCGAGGGACCAGAGUUCACUUUAACAAAAGCUAAACCUUUGGAAGCGAUGUAUAAACCAAGGGAGUCCAAAGUUGGUUCUUUAGUGUGGGAGUAAUUAAUUGAAAAUUAUAUAUUGUAGCGAAACAUUAGUUAGUUUCCUUCUCUGUGUGACUUGGUGUG